GUGUAAGCUAUGCCCUCGGGUUUAGUUUAGCCUUUAGCCCACAACUUCCUUGUUUUAACAGGCGGCGACUACUCCAGGCUAUGCACGGACAUAUCCAGAGCCAUAGCGAGUUUUUAUCUACCUCUGAACAUAUCUAGAAAGUAUCCGGCUAUUAAUAGGCUAUAUGAUUCAACAAAUGACCAACUAAGUCCACCAUGCUGUCAAUAUGGUCUGGGUGUGUGUGCUUCCUCAGCGUUUUAACAGCUGUCUCUGGUGAACUUCGUUUUGCAUCGUAUUAUGGUGACCAUAUGGUUCUACAUAAGGCCCCAGAGAGAGCUGUGGUAUGGGGCUAUGGGACAAACAGCACGACUGUUGUAGUCAGUCUGUCUGGGCUGUCCAGCAGAAACACUUACAGGAGUACCGUUAGAGACGGUGUAUGGAGGGUGACCCUUGAUCCUGUGAAGGCGGGAGGUCCUUACAACGUGAGCGCUGUGGAGAGUGGUGGGAGUGAUGGCAAGGUCAUGAUCACAGACGUGAUGUUUGGGGACGUGUGGCUGUGUGGGGGACAGAGCAACAUGGUCUUUACUGUUCAUCAGAUAUAUAACAGCUCAGCAGAGAUGGCCCUGGCCUCAAAGUUCCCAGAUGUGCGCCUCUUCCACGUUGCUCAGCAGACGAGCUUGGUUGAACUGAUAGACCUGCCUGGAAUCGCUGUGCGUUGGUCUGUGCCCACACCACAAUUACUCAGUGAAUAUUCUGCGGUCUGCUGGCUAUUUGGACGUUACCUGUACCAGACCUUGCAGUACCCUAUCGGCCUGGUAGAGUCAUGCUGGGGAGGGACACCUGUGGAGGUGUGGUCCUCCAGCAGACCCCUCCAGAAAUGUGGCAUUCCCCAGGCACCAGAGAGUUACGUUGACUUCAUGAAUCCUUAUGAUGAGGAUGAACCAAUUCCACACCAAAACUCAGUGGCGUGGAAUGCCAUGAUCCACCCUCUGCUCAACAUGACCAUCACAGGUGCCAUCUGGUAUCAAGGUGAGAGCAACGGUAACUACAAUCGUGGUAAAUACAACUGCACCUUCCCCGGCAUGAUCGAUGACUGGAGGAUGGCUUUCCACCAGGGCUCAGGGGGCCAGACUGCCCCAGACUUCCCCUUUGGAUUUGUGCAGCUGUGCACCUAUGAUCAGGGUAAUGUACUGGACGGCUUCCCAGAGAUCCGCUGGCAUCAGACAGCUGACUUUGGCUACGUUCCUAAUAAGCGCAUGAAGCGGACCUUCAUGGCCGUGGCCCUUGACUUAAACGAUGCAGCUUCACCUUGGGGCACCAUCCACCCACGCUUCAAACAGGACGUGGCCUACAGAUUGACCCUUGGUGCGCGGACGAUUGCCUAUGGUGAAAAGGGUAUAUCCUACCAGGGUCCCUUCCCAAGUUCUGUUCAUGUUAAUGGCACCUACCUAAUACUCACUUACGAUCAGAACGUCUUUGCCACCCCGGCCAAAGACACAUUUGAGGUGUGUUGUACCAUGGAAAAGGUGCAGUGCAAUUCUGAGGAUAGCUGGAUCUGGAUCUCUGCCCCCAUGGUGCCUCAGAACACCUCCACGGUGGCUGUGAGCCUGGGGGGCUGUGCGGCUGAGCAUGUGGCCUCCCUGCGGUACGCCUGGAAGGACUGGCCCUGUGGCUUUAAGGCCUGCCCCGUCUACAGCGCUGACAGGGUCCUGCCUGCACCACCUUUCGUCCUGCACCGGUGGCCCUAGCAAGGAAGGGUCAACGGGCACAGGGGGGAGCAGCGGUAGCAUUGACGCCUGACAGUCAGUCGGCCUGAGCUUGAAUCAUACCUCAUACUUUGAGUCCAUGCCGCUUUGGAUAAAGGCAGCUGUCACUUCACUUUACUGUUACUUUGCUUAUAUUUUACAAAUGGUUUACUAGUGUACUGUUUUGUUCUUCUUGUACCUGAUCACCUUUGAAUGCUGUUAGUUGACUGUUCUAAGGUCACAUCUUGAAUUUCCCCUUGGGGAUCAAUUAAGUAUCCAUCUAUCUAUCUAUCUAUCUACAUACAGAGCUCGAUAGUGUUUUAAGCACCCAACGUCGCCUUCUGAGCAGCACUGCCACCGCCGGCACCUAGUCCUCCUAACACUAACCCUAACCCUAACCCUAACCUUAACCCAUGCCUAACCCAAGCGCUUUCCAGGCAGCGCUGCCUUAAAGACAACAUUGGGGGCUUAAAACACCAAGAAACACAUACAGACUGCUAGUGGACAGGGACCUGCUUCCCAGGUUGUGAAGAGAGAUACCCCAUUUGCCUCAGAGUUGCCCUCUAGAGGUCCUAAAGCUGAGCCUCUCUUCACAUUUGCCAUGUCACAACUUGUGCUCUACAGAGUGUUGUCUUGUGCUUUUCUGCCACUAAUGUAAGUUAUUAGGGCCCGAGCACCGAGGUGCGGCCACUGAAAGUGGCUGCACCGUAGGUGCAAGGCCCUAUUGUUUUUGCUCAGAUUAUUCUUAUUAUUAUUAUUAUAGUAUAAUUAUCUUACCAGUAACAUUUUUCACCAACUUGGCAUGCUCUAAAACUCUUGCAAUUUAGCUGGCAUAUGUAGAAUUGCAUUUGAUACUCAGACACAGAGCUGUGGCCUAGGGUGUGGCUCAGGGACUCUACAGCGCCACCUAGCGCGCAGUCUACUGUG